AGGGUUUGUAAUCGAAGGAAAUGUUAGAGAAAAUUCGUUUCUUUCUCUGUAAGUUUCAGGAAUUUUCUUCCAGGUCAACUGAAGCCUAGAUUCUUUGAUUUUUCCGAUUUCAAAUUCUCAGCUAAAUCUGCAAGGCAAGUCCACUUCUUGAACUAUUAGAAGCUAUGUAUCAGGAAGGAGUCCCUGAGAUUGUUAUUGAUCAGGAAAUGUACUACCCUACAGAUACCAACUAUGGAUAUUAUUGUACUGGGUUUGAAUCACCAGUUGAUUGGGAGGACCCCCAGAAUAUUUUAGUUGCGGAUGGUCCAGAAGUCCAAUAUGUGGGGACCCAAACUGAACCUUUGCCUUAUGUAUAUUACACACCUAGCUAUGGACAUUCACCAUCUCCAUACAACCCAUACAAUCCUUACAUACCUGGUGCUGUGGUUGGUGACAGCCCAUUCCUAGGAGCGCAACAAUAUUACGCAAUUCCCCCUUAUCAAAGCCCUGCAUCUCCAACUGCCUAUGUUCCUGUUUUCAUUCAACCAGAUGGCAUUCCAAAUAGUUCGACAGACUCUUUGUUAGAUACUCGUGCAUCGGUUGAUACUAGACCUGAUGGAAGAGGAGCUAAAUAUAACCUUGCUACAGCAUCUGCUGCCCUUUCCAGAAAAUCUGCUCCAAAUCAGGCAGAUUCCUUGAGCAGGGUGACCGAUGGACAAAGUAAGCAUUAUGCGGUCCAGAGAAGCAUUCCUGAUAGUUCUGGGUCAGCUUCAGCACGGGCUCAUCGGGCUAGAGUUGCUUCUGGUUCCAUUCAGCCCAUUGGCAUCAUUCCUGGUGGGAAACCUCCAUCUUACCGUGAUCAAUUAAAAACGGACCUACCAGUUGGUAAUGCCAUUUCUGACUAUGGAGUAAAUGCAUGUGGACGUGGUGAUCUGGAUAAACUUCGACCGAAGAUCCAUGUUGGCAGGGUUUUCAAUGAUGCAAAUGGCUUCCCAGAUAAAUGGGCUGAACAGAAUCGAGGUCCUAGAACCAACAGAUCAAAAAACCAACUUGUGGUUAAAGCCUACACAAGUGAAGCAGGAAAUUGUGAUGCCGAAGGCAGCAUCAUUAUCUAUACUGACCAAUAUAACAAGGAUGAUUUUCCAGUGGACUAUGCUGACGCCAAGUUUUUUGUAAUAAAAUCUUAUAGCGAGGAUGAUGUACACAAGAGCAUUAAAUACAAUGUUUGGUCCUCUACACCCCAUGGGAACAAGAAACUGGAGAAUGUUUUUGAAGAUGCGCAGAAAAUAGCUGCAGGGAGACAUAACAGCUGCCCAGUCUUCCUCUUCUUUUCUGUUAAUGCCAGUGGACAAUUCUGUGGUGUAGCGGAGAUGAUUGGUUCAGUUGACUUCCAGAAGGAUAUGGAUUGUUGGCAGCAAGAUAAGUGGAGUGGAAGCUUCCCUGUCAAGUGGCACAUCAUUAAAGAUGUUCCAAACGGCCAAUUUAGACACAUCAUAUUAGGGAACAACGAAAACAAGCCAGUAACUAAUAGCCGGGAUACACAAGAGAUAAUGUACGUGCAAGGUACGGAGAUGUUGAAAAUAUUCAAAAAUCAUGUGAUGAAGACCUCUCUCCUUGACGACUUUUUGUACUAUGAAAAUCGUCAGAGAAUCAUGCAGGAAGAGAGAGCCAUGCAGCUAAUUAAAAGUUUGGAGAGCCCGGUCCUACCACCUGCGAGUGCAUUCAAUCCUGCCAAUAAGCUAAACCACGUUAAGCUACUACUAAAUGAAAAUGAGAGAAGUAUCAAGCAAAGGGAUCCUGAAUUAUCGAGGACAAUUGUUCCUUCAUCUAGUCAGCAGGUUCCUUCGACUAAUUCGAGAUCAACUAACGGAAGCUUAGAGCGAAUUGCAGCUGAAGCUGAAGAUGAUGCAUCUAAUUUAAUGAUUAGCUCUCUCAGCAUAAAUUCAAAUCAGGAUGAAUCUAAAUUCUCUGCAAGUGCUGCUACAAAAACUGAUGCUGUUGAGGUGGUUAACUUCGGAUCAGUGACUGUAAAAGUCAAUAGAUUUACUGAAUCACCUGGUUUUCUAACUGUUGGUACUAUUCCUCUUAAUCCCAAGACCCUCCAGCUUGAUGAAGGGUGUAUUUCUGCUAAAAAGGGUACAUGAUUGCGCUGAGGCAGUGUCUACAGUCGGAUCUUAUUCUCCGCUGGAACAUACUGAAACCUGGUGUAGUGAUGGUGGCAGUGUCGACUGUUGCAAACCUGAGUGUAUCAUCAUGGUUCGUUGUUACAGGCUGGUAAUCUAUAAAUAACAUGUUCAGGUCAGCUUUUGCAUGCUGGUUCUGUUAGCCCCUUAAUUACCCAAGCUGGCUCCAAAUCCAUCAAUACUCAAUACAGUGUUUCCUUUUGUCUCUGAAUAAGUUAAUAUUUUUCAUUUUGCAUUUCAAUUAUUGAUACAAAGAAAAUCCUCUUUUGCUUUUAGAAAAACAUGGGAGAUGAUGCACUGCAAUUGUUUCCUUUAUUACCCCCUUUUUGCAUUCGUCAUUUGUAUU